AUCCAUACAGGGCAUGGUGAGGAGGAUAGCAGGGCAUGCUGGCUGUACAGUGGUUCGUAAAUGCCCAUUUCAUUUCGUUAGCGUGCCUGUUGCUGAUGUAUAAUUAGAUCAUCAUGACAAAGUCAUAUUACUCCAACAUUGAGCUUUCUCGUCCAAUAUGUGUAUCUUGAAAAUGAUGAAGGCGUUACUGCAGGAAAGGUCAUUUUAGUGGUUUUAUUUUUGUGUGAACAGACUGCCAUUCUGCGUACAUAGUUCAUCAAUGUAUCGGCUGAAUUUGGCUGUGGACAACGGCUGCAGAGGAGUGUAUCCUUGUAACGAUGUGUGAUGUUUGUUGGAAUCGGACUGAAUUUAGAACAAAGUAUAUUCACUGACGGUAAUUGAUAUUCAGUUUCAUGCAUCGACCACCAAUAUGAUCGGACCGGAGUAUAUAGAUCCAUCAGUUACCGAGGCAACGGCAAACUCCCGAGGUGGGCUAGAGGAAUUCAAUCCUUUUGAAGACUCAAACAGACAGGCAAGUAAUGGUUCCAAAACAACACCAGUGGCUGCCCCAUUACCAGUUAAACCCCAGCAACAGCCAGCCGUGAUGGCACCAACAUCAGAGUUACCACCAUCAUACACACAGUCAGCAGCCCAACCAGCUGUUAGUGAAGGAGCAGCAGAAUUACAAAAGAGACAGGAAGAGCUAGAAAGGAAAGCUGCGGAACUUUCAAGAAGAGAACAACAAAUGAGAAGUGCACAAUAUAACACACGAGAGAACAAUUGGCCACCGCUUCCCAAAUGGUUUCCUCUCCAGCCCUGUUUCUAUCAAGACUUUGCUGUUGAUAUCCCCUUGGAAUUCCAGAGGACAGUCAAAUUGGGAUAUUAUCUUUGGAUUGUAUAUUCGCUGUUAUUGUUCAUAAACCUGUGGAUCGUCCUUGCCUACUUUGCCGUUUUCAAAGGAGGAAACGCCGGGCUCUGUUUUGGAUUAGCCAUUCUCUUUCUGGUCCUCAAUGUGCCAUGUUCCUUCAUCUGUUGGUACCGAGCAUUAUACAAAGCUUUCAGGAGUGACAGCUCCUUCAACUUCUUUCUCUUUUUCUUCAUUUUUUUCUUCCAAUUUAUUGUUACUGUUGUGCAAGCGAUAGGCAUUGAUCAGUUCGGAACAGUGGGCUGGGUUAAUGGGUUGCAGUCAAUGGGCAAAGCUGAAAAUGUUUCUGGAAAGGCCAUCGCCGGAUGUAUGUUAAUAAAUGCAGCUCUUUUCACCACAAUGGCCGUCCUAGAUGUCAUCUAUCUGCAAAAGGUCCAUGCACUGUACAGAGGUACAGGCGCCAGCUUCUCAAAGGCCCAGGAAGAGUUUGCGAGGGGUGUCGUCACCAACCCUGGUGUACAGACCGCGACAAGAGAAGCCGCGGCCAGCGCUGUGAGCGGCGCCACCACAUCCAUGUUCAGCUCCGGUGGAGGAGCGGGAAACAACAGAAUGUGAGCCGGAGACAUUUGACAGGAAAAUGGACGUUUGUAUAAUCGGCUCUACCUGGAGCCAGUUUAGUUUUGAUGAUUACCUAGAACCAGGGGUUGAUAACGACCACAAGAGAAUUGUGUUUCCUGAUGAAGGCUAUGGAGUAACAUCAUGGAAGAAUGAUACGCUACAGUAUGUCAAUUUUUUUUCAUAAAAUGACUAAUCUACUUCUCUUCUAUGUCAAACUCUUGCAAUAUCAGUUACAAAAAUAUAAUUAAUAUUAUUAAUGACAGUCUAAGCAAGUUGUGAAACAAACAUGGUAAUCUUGCACUUAUUUUCAUGAUUAAAAUUCCUGGAAAGACACAUUUUAUAUCUAUAUCUACCGUAUAUUUAUCUCACCAUUAUGUCUUUUUCAUUAUAAUCAAUUCCUGUCUUUGUGUCAAAGGUCUCAUUGCCUUUAUUUUCACAGUGUUAUAAUGCAAUGAAUUUCUGAUGAAAAGAAUGGAGGGGACUAAUAUGAAUUCCAUGUACCUCUGAUGGUAUGGUGAAAUGAUAUUAUUGAAUUGAUUUACCAUUAAGGCUCAUAUCUGGAGAACCUCAUUGAAACCAAUCUUUAAUGACAUAUGCAAUCAUCAAGUUGACAACAGACUUGGAAAAGGCUAAUGAGUGGAGACUGAAUUACGGACCUUGAUUGAUUUAAUGAUAUGGUGUCAUUGAUAGAAUUUAAAUUGUGUAUUUUCUAUUCGAAAUUGGUUGGUUUGCCUGACUGUUAAGAUAGGACAGCGAAGAGAGACUGGAUUACAAGGAUUAGAGUGGAUAGGUCACGAUGGUUUGUGGCAUAGGUUUUUUUUUCAGUUUGUUGCGUAUGAUUAUAUUCAAAUGGAUAGAUAAAGAACAAAGAUUAUGAAUCUUUUGAAAUGAAUGAUAAAUUAACGGCUCAAGAGUGCUAUUCUUGAAAUGCUACUGUGGUUCCCGUAUAACACGCUUCAUUCUAUAAGGGGGGGGGGGUGUUAAAGAUGAUUUCAGUCAGAGACGCCACGUUAAAACAACUUUGUGUGAGAUUUUCAUGACUCGGCGUCAUGGUGUGUGCAUGUGCUGGGUAGAGAACCAACCAAGUGGUUGCCCCCGCUCUAUGGCAACCUAGCUCACUGUGCUCCAAAGUUUCGUCUGUGAUCAUGUGAUAUCGGAGACAUCUGCAUGUACAUGAUAUUGUUUAAUAAAAAAUAAGUGAAAAAGACGCCUGUUUGAAGGAUCAUAUGAGAUUAUUUCUGAUAUCAAGAUACAACUUUGCAAUUGGUAACAAAAUACUUCACAAGAUCUCAGUUAAUUGCAGUCAUUAAUAUUUAUGAUCUAUUAUAUAAACAAUACCAUGACCUUUGUCAGGUUUCAAUAUAUAUAUUGUUAGAUAUAUGACUUUGUGAAAACAUUUAUUUUCUAUUUCAUUCCAUAUGUUAAGUUAUGUUAAGUGAUGACAUCCCAAAUGUGAACCCUUCUGUGAUAUUUUUGUAUUUCUAUAAUGCUAUAUUUAUACAUGUGACCUAGUUUUGAAAGUCUAUGGGGGAUAUUUAAAGUCUUACGGUGAAGUAUUUCCAUUUAAAGUAAUAUUGACCAUUUGAAAUUUAAUAACUUGAUGAAGGGAUAUCAAAAAUAUGUCUGCUGUAAAUUAGGUGUUGGCCGCUGUCAAACAGAUCAGUUUCAUUACAAGUUUUCCUUGUUGUUUGAUGGACAAUUUCAUUUGUAUCCUUCCAAGACAAUUAUAUUUGAUGUAUUUGCCUAUGAUUUGCAAAGUAUCUCCCCUUGAAUCCAUUCUUAGAAUGUGUCAUUAUGGUGAAUAAGACAAUAGCUUAUCAGAAGUAGAAGAUUUGAUAUGUGUAUAACACUUUCAAUUUGUUCUCAGUGAGAUGUUUUAUAUUCAAUAUUUAUAAAAGCUUAUGUAAGUUGUGUAUUAUGAUAGUGAUUAAUACUAGAUAUAUGUCUUUACAUAUGUGGAAUAUGACACAACUGAUAUAAGAGUAUAAAAAUGAAAUAGUAGAAAAUUUGGUAAUACAUGCCCUUGGGGUAUAGAGGAAUGGUACAUCAUUAAUAAUUACAAUUUCUGCAAUCACAUUAUAAUUGAAAGAUGCCCAAGCCAGGAGAUAAUCUUGUGAUGAUUUGUAACUUAUAGAUGCCCAAGCCAGGAGAUAAUCUUGUGAAUAUUUGUAACUUAAAGAUGCCCAAGCCAGGAGAUAAUCUUGUGAAGAUUGUGACAUGAAGUAUUCUAUAACUUGCUAUGAAUUGAACUAGAGAGGGAGUCCUUUCGGCUGCAAAAAAGCAAGUGUUGUGUCUUUGCAGUAUUUUAUACUGUUAUAGACCAGUUCGUAGUUACUCAUGGACAAUUUUCGGUCAAAUGACCUUUCAUUUCUUUCAUUAUGAUAGGCAGAUUUCAAAGCAAAACAUUACGUAAGCUUGCCUCACAUAGCAGGAUGAAGAAAUCGAAUAGACCAGGUGACUAGAAUAGCACACCAAUGAACACUUUAUGAAGGUAUUUGUUGCAUUCCUACUUUGAAUGCAUAUCAUAGCAUGUUGCACAAUGUACUUGGCAAACUGUGAAAACCAGUCGUUCGUGGACGCGUUGUUGUUUUUUGUGGAUGUAAAUGAAAACCACAAUUCAAAAGAAUAUAUGAAUAAUCAAGACAUCAAAGUUGGUGCUUAUCUCAUUAGAUUUUAAACCACCAUGUCACUUUAGUACAAAUGACCUUCCUCUGAUCAUGCGUAGAAUCUUUUGAUCAUGCGCAGAAAGGAACUACGAACUGGCUUAUUAUGGAAGCAUUGCUGGGUAAUGAAAAAUAACUUUCCCCACAAAUAUCAAAUUAUACACAUUUAAACUGUACAAAGGAUGAAAAAAAAACCAACACCUUUCUAGCAAAGAAUACCCUUUCCACCUCAUCAAAAUACUGCAAUUCUGUUUAUGAGUUUGGUAUACCUGUAGCGACUUCCUUUAUUUUUUUUGUCGCAGUGCUUCUUCAAUCAGAACUCAUUUUCUCAUGAUAUUCCAUCCUAAGCUGCAUGCAUUAUGGGCAAAAUAUUUUAUUCUCUCUUUCUGUAGUCAAAUAAUUAUUUGUAUUCCAUAGUUUUUCAUGGAGGUUACCCAAAUGAUUGAUCUAUGCUGUGCUUGAAAUAUUCCUUACAUUUCAACAUGGUUUUAAACUCAUGUUUGGGAGAUCAAGUCGAUGGAAAAUGUAUAUAUCUCAUCAAUGCUAGGCAUUCCCCCCACAUAGUUAUAUUGGUUGUCUUUUUGAACUGCCACAAAUAUAUAUAUGAACCGUCAAUAAAAAGGAAAAAAGUCAUGAAUAACUUUCUUUAUUGAUGGAAGAGUUUUUAUAAUACUCUCCCAGACACUUGACCUUUAAAACAAAUUCUUUACUAUUUGCAGAUAUAUUUUACGAGUAUUUUUAUUUUGUUUAUUAGUAUGCUAUCCUUUGUUAAUUCUCUGUCAUGGUUUACAUUUUGUAGAUAUAUUUCCAUAGAUAUUUUUGUUGUUGAUAGUAGAUACACACAAAAAAAGAAAGCAAUUUAUAGUACUAUUGUUGUAAUAAAAAAAAAUACUGCAAUUGAUAGGGAAAUGCAUUUUCAGUAAACUAGUUAUGUAUUUGUGUUUGAUCCUUUGCUAUAGAAAUUAUGUAGAUAGUGUAGGUCAUUUUUUAAUGAAUAUAGAUCGUGAUAUUGAUCAAAAUUGCAUUGUGAUUCAUGGAGCAUACAAGUUCAAUGGGAAGUAUACUGUACCGUAGUAGGCACGCAAGUCAGUUUUGAUAUUUUUAAAAAUUGAUUCACCUCCAUAUAUGUAAUAUUCCUUAUCUAUUUUAGUUGAAACUUCUCAUUUAUGGCAUAGACUCUUGACAAGUUUAAUUCAGUUGUUGAUAUAGAUUGGCUUGUAAUUUGUAGAUAGGUCAUAUCUAUGUGAAAUUGUUGUAAGUGAAAGGGCAAUGGAAAUGGGCUGUUUUCAAAUUCAUUGAAUUCAGAUAGGUUAAUCUUAUCUAAUGCAUAUUUUGAAUUCAAAAGCCCUCUUAAGAUGGCAGGAAAUGUGUUUGUUCAAUGCAUGAUUAUUAUGGCAUGGUUUUGUUAUUUUACCAGACAUGAUUUGUUUUUCACUAAUUCCAAAAUUUCAGUAUAAAAUGUCCUGAAAUAGCAAAGUUUCAUUAAUUAGACAAUGGCUUGUAUUCAUUCAUGGGAAUGACAUUAAAAUUCAGUAGUAUAAUGAGGUUCACGCAAAGAGCCACUCAAGAAGAAAAUCAAGUUAUCAUUUCCGAUGGGUUCCACAUCCACCUGUGUUAAUCAUGUUUGUUUGCUAUGCUUUCAUACAUUGAGGGCUCUAUGGAAAGUGAUUCGAAAGUACAUUUUCUCAUGGUAUCUUAAAAAUUUAAAAUAAUUUUUUUUUCAAAGAAAUGUUCCUACCUGAAUAGUAUUCUGAUAUUUAUGAAUCAAUUUUCAUCAAAAGCGGAUUUUGAACCUUUUGGAGGUGAUCUUUUUAGAUGCAAUUUUUCAAUGAGACGAUAAUUAAUCCCUCUUGCAGCUCAAAAAGUUGUACUGGGUUUUGAUUGUCUGACAGAUAACAAUUGGUUGUAUAUAUUUUUCUUUAUACAAAUAUUCAGCACUCCUUGAGCUGUCUAGCAAAUCUUUAUAUUUGUAACAAUGUAGUAUUGAGCACAAAGUUAUUAUAUAAGAGCCAUGUAUACCCAAAUCUGCCUAAUUAAAUGUUUUUAAAAUCAAAAGGACUUGAUUCAGAACAUUUUGGUGCACAUCUCUAAAUUAUUUUAUCAUUUAUAUUACUGGAAGUUUUAGCUACAUGAAUGUGAAAUGAAUAUUUCUAUGGAAAUAUCUUACAGGGGAAAACUAAAGCAUUACUAUGUAUAUGAUGUAAUCAGAAUGAUUUAUAUAUGUAUAACUCUUUUAUGAUGGAACAUGAUGGUUGAAUGAAAUUAUUUGGUUUGUAUAGUAACAUAUGCAUAAAUACAGAGGGGAAACAUUUCAUACAUAAUUGCAGUCAUUGUCUUGUUUAACUUUAUUUAAAUUGUAUUCUUGACUUGUUUCCCAUUAAAGACUUGCAUAGACCUAUCUGA